AAUUACUAAAACAAAUAAGUGCAUUUCAUGUUGAACAACCUCGUGGAUGAAAUCACUCUUUGUUGUGGUGCUUAGUGACGUCACAAUGAAAUACUUUGUCAUAAUCCUCCUGUUGGCUUUGAAAACUCAUUCAUCCGAGCAGAGAGGGGUCGUGGAGGACUUGUCUUGUCCAGCUUGCGUUGGCAGAUUGGACCCAGUGUGUGGAUCGGACGGAGUCACGUAUAGAAAUGAAGAGUGUGCGCUGUGUCUAAACCCGUCCCUAAUCAUCAGCAGUAGACACACCUUCUGCCCGAGACUGGACCUCGUGUUCCAGUAACUGCCAAUCUCCCAGUGAU